AUGGCUUCCACUGUUCUUGGAAAGAGGACUCGCAGCUCGGCACGUGUCGACGCUUCUGAUGCAAAAUUGAACGUCGCAACACGGUCGAAGCGGAGGACGCAGUUUGUCAUCCACGAUGAGGGCGAGAUUGAGAACCCGUUUGUCACUCCCAAAAAGCAAAAUGCCCGGGCCGACGAUGCAAUGGACGUGGACGAGCCCCAAGAGAAACCCUCCACACGGCGCGGAAGGAAGACUGGGACGACACCUGCCAAAACUGUCGAGCCGUGUUCGCGGUUUCCCCUGUCGUCCUCCAAGGAAAACUCGCCCCAAAAAUCGCUGGUCGAUAUACCGGACAAGUUUGCGCCUACUCCCUCGACUCCCAGGCAUCGCGACGCGCUUGCUGCCAAGGUUGCCGUCACACCACGACAUCGCCUCAUUAUUCCCGGCCGACCACUGACACCCCGCACACCACAUACUCCAGGAACCCCGAGACAUACUGCUCCCACCGUCUACAACGAAGCACGACAAGUCUUUGCCAGAGGCUCGGCGCCUGCGGUACUCUUUGGACGUGAAAAUGAAAAGAAGGAACUCCAGACAUUCAUCACCGUCCGCACAAAGGGCUGCAAGUCUGGAUGCAUCUACGUCUCUGGGCCUCCCGGUACUGGAAAGAGCGCAUUUGUCAGCGAUGUUUGCCGUACAGUGUCAGACGAUGAUUCUGUUCAGACUGGAUACAUCAACUGCAUGAGCGUUAAGAAUGCUCGUGAUCUCUACAGGACGCUGCUGGAGGAGUUUGUCGACAUCACUGAGAUCGUCGAGGGCGAGGAGAUGGAGGCACUUAGGAACGUUUUCAUGCAGCGCGAAUCCUCCUACGUUGUUACCCUGGACGAGGUGGACCACCUCUUGGAGUUGGACAUUGACCUCUUCUACAACAUCUUCGAAUGGUCGUUGCAAAAGUCAUCCAGUCUGAUUCUUGUCGGUAUCGCAAACGCCCUCGAUCUUACAGAUCGAUUCCUCCCACGACUCAAGGCCCGCGGUCUCAAGCCACAGCUCCUUCCCUUUCUUCCAUACAACGCAGCGCAAAUAUCUUCCGUCAUCACCUCGAAACUCAAAGCGCUCCUCCCAGCAGGCAGCACCAGCCAACUCCCAUUUCUCCACCCCACCGCCAUCAUGUUUCUCUCCAAAAAAGUCGCUGCCCAAUCUGGCGACCUGCGCAAAGCCUUUGACAUCUGCCGCCGAGCAAUCGACCUCAUCGAAGCCGACACACGCGACCAACACGCAAAGAAGGCCACAGAAAUCACGCCUUCCCCCACACCCUCGCCCUCAAAAGCACCCUUGGUAGAAAACGACAACCUCGCUUCUCUCGCCCCCCGCUCCCCCUCAAAAGCCAAAGACCUCAGCACCGUCAUCGCCGCCUCCCUCGCUUCUCUUACCGUCGAAACCGCGCCCCGCGCCACCAUAGCCCACAUGGCCAAAAUCACCGCCGCGGUCUUCAGCAACGGCACAAGCCAACGCCUGCGCAACCUCAACCUCCAACAAAAAGCCGUCCUCUGCUCCCUCUCCGCCAUUGAAAAAAGACGCCGCGCCACAGCCGCAGACGCCGUUCUCUCCACUCCAUCCCGCUCACACACCACAUCCCCAACCAUCAAAGACCUCUUCGAAGCCUACACCGCCCUCUGCAAGCGCGAAAACAUUCUCCACCCGCUCAGCAGCACAGAGUUUCGCGAUAUCGUAGCCAGUCUCGAGUCGCUAUCGCUUAUUUCUGCAGUAGACGGCAAAGCUGGCUCCCUCGAUGUCUUUUGUGCUGGCACCCCGAGUCGACGCGGCAGAGCCAAGGCCUUUCCCGGUGUGGUUGUCGAAGAGCGGAGAGUCGCGAGUGUAGUCGGGGAAAAGGAACUCGCCGAGUCGCUUGUCGGGCCUGGUGCUGCUAUCCUUCGCGGUAUUCUGGACGCUGACGGUUAA